UGUGCCAUCUCCAUCCUCUUCCUGUGGUCUCAACAGUUCGACUUCUCUCUGGAGAGGCGAAGUGUCCGCUGGGGGGUUGAACUUGCAGAGGCCAGAGCAGCAGAAGCCAGAGCAGCAGAGGACGCAGCCAAGCAGGAGGCGGAGCGCAAGGAGUGUGCAGCGCAGGAAAUGGAUGGCGGUGGAGGGAAGAAACGGCGGUCCGCUGCAGAGGACCUGGACCUUUUACCACCAGCACUGAACCCUGUCCUUGCAGGAUUCAGCCACAACGCCAUCCUUACCCCAAUGCCUGCCUCGAGCCUUGGCCCCAGGAAAAUCCAGCCUAGCAUUCCUCAGCUUCACAGACUCAACCUCGCUGACUUUGAGCGGGAGGAGGACCCAUUUGACAAGGUGGAGCUCAAAACUUUGGACGAUAGGGAGGAGCUCAGGACCAUCCUCCAGAGCCAGCCUCAACCUCAACCUCCUUUCUCUGUUUCCCCACCAGAGGUAUCCCAGACAGGGUCACGUGGAAACAGCCCGCCUCCCCCGAGCACCAACACCAGCAUCACAUCCAAACCCGGCUUCACCCAUAAACCCAAUGGGUUAGUUCCCUUGCUGGACAUGGACAGAGUUGGGCACCCUGGGAGAUCGAGUUUUGACACAGACGAUCGGCCUUGUAACAUCCGCUCUCUCACCUUCCCCAAGCUCUCUGACUCUGGUGACCCAGAGCCAGUGAGGUACCCCCCCCACACUGCACCCACCCCUGCUCCCCGACAGAACCUACCCAACGGCAGCCCAACCACCGUACCCAAGACCGAAGUUAUCGUUGCCCCUGAGCCAACCAGCCACACCAAGAGUGGCGCACCAAAACCGGUCCACCCAGGGUCAGGAAGUGCUGGCCUGCCGUGCGGCGGGGCCCUGCUCAGCAUGACCCCCAGCGAGCGGCAGUGUGUGGAAACACUCGUGGGCAUGGGCUACUCGUAUGAGGGCGUCUUACGGGCCAUGCAGAGACAAGGGCAGAACGUGGAGCAGGUACUGGAUUACAUGUUUGUCCAUGGGCGUCUGUGUGAACGGGGCUUCGAUUCAAGUGCAGUGGAGGAAUGUUUAGAGAUGUACCAAUGCUCGGAGGAAAAGGCCUUGCAGUUCCUUGAGCUUAUGUCGAGAUUUGGCGAAAUGGGAUUUCAGCGCGAUGCCAUCAAAGAGGUGCUGCUGGCUCACAACAAUGACCAGGACAAGGCUCUAGAGGACCUGAUGGCUCGGGCUGCAGCUAGCUGAGCCAAGCUAACAGCCAACCAAAGCCCAGACAAGGGCCUUGCCUCCCCCGCUACUGCCCAACACAGCCCUUUCCCUUCUGCCGCCCCAUCACACCAUGCCCUGCCCUUUGCCUUGGCUGUGGAAGGGACAGCUGGGAGACAGUUGUAUUUCUCUCUAUGCUGUGUCUCAGCACUUCUUAAAGACUGUGUGCCUAGAGUGGAGGGGGGGUCAAACAAUACUUUAACGGUGGUGUUAAUUUUCUAAGAAGUCAUUCGCGUUAGGUUCCAGGAUUUUGUGCUGUGAGGGAUAUUCAAGAAUGGGAGGAAUGACUGAGCUCUAAAGGAGAAACUGGAAGAAUUGGGCUGCAGUCUUUCUAUUCCUGUUCCGAUUUGCUUCAACUUGGAAGUCUGCAGGCAAAGGACCGAAAGGGGACCUGGUGUGAGACUGAGCACAUUACAGACCAGUUUAUACACUUAGAACUCCCAAUCAACUAAGCUGCCAUCUUCCACUACUCUGUGCAGACCUAUUAUAUGGAGGCGGUGGUUUGGGGGGGCUUGAGGAAGCUUUCUUUAACUGGACAUGCAUUUAAAGUAAAAAAAAAAAAGUAAAAAAAAAGCCUAAUCGCCAGGCAGAUAACUGACUCUCAAAAAGUGCCCUCUCUGCUCUGGUGCCCUAGUUCUGUUCUACUCUUUCAUGCAUUCAUGUCUGUUUUUCUGUUCAUUUGGGUACUUUUUUUCAUGUCUUUGAUUUCUGUUUUGGGAACUGCAUAUUAGACGUUUACGUCACUAUAACUCGGAACGUAAGAGAUACUUCUACCCCAGUUCGCUCUUUGACCUGCACUGGAAUAGGGCCUGUUAGAGGGUGAGGAGAAAUUGGGAACGUUCCUGUGUAAUAAGAAAUAUCCCAUAAUCCACUGGCACUGAUGUGUCACAUACUGCACAGGCACACGUGUUUCAUAAUUAUCGACUUAUUUAUAUAGUUCACUGAUACUUUCAUUUACAAUUAAAGAGUUUGCUAUGAUAAUGUAAGAUAUGUUAACUCGCUUUUAACUGUCAUCGACUUCUGUUCUCAGACUGGAAAGGAGUGAGUGGUUUAAAAUAGAAACAAAAUGUGAGAGAGGGUUGUUUUUGCAACCACAUCACAGUGCAAUAGACAUUUCUUAUUGAGUGACUGUUGACUGGAGCUUUUAGCCUCAAGUAAUUUUUCGGGGAUGAGGAAUGGUCUACAAGCCUUGCUGGAAAUGUGGAUCUUACUAGAAAAGGUUUGAUUUCGGUCUCCCAUCAUAUAUUCAUUUGCCACAAAAUCUAAUCAUACAUGGUUUGUUGACACAUCCAAUUUCUUUUUUCUCAUGUGUAAUAUGAUAGGAUUGUUUAUGUUGAUUUUAGGUGUGUUGCCAUCACCACAGUCUUAAAUGGAAAAUUCCUCAUGUUAAUUGGGUGUAAUUGUUUAAAAGAAGGCCAGGAUCCUUUAAUUUUUAUAGUAUGUGUCUAAGUUCCAUGAUAAGUAAAAAGCGUGUGUGCUCUGUUGCACCAAAGGCAGAAAUGGGAGACGUUUCCGUAAUAAGGAGCUCUGUUGUCCUGAUGGGGAUUGUUAGAGGCGUGGUGACAGAUUAAGGGUUUAACCAAAAGCAAACUUUGCUUUGGGUGGGUCCAGUACUUUGUCUUAAGUUUAUCAAUUGAAAAACAAAUUGUAUUAACCACCAAAUUAUUUUAGAAAAACCCCUAGUUUGACAAAUCUAAAUAUAGUGCAGUUUUCCCCCAAUACAGACUCAAUCAUUCUCCACUUAAUGUACCAUUCAAA